GCGCGUACGCCUUGUAUUUAUAAACGGAUAUUCGUGUAAUAUGAAGGUGCUUGCGAUCAUCUUGUCGGGAUUAGUGUUGCAGACAUCUGCGUCAUUCUUCGACGAACUGCGUGGCGCGGUGUCCUCAGUGGAGAGUAGCUUCGGGAAACUUCUGAAUGACGUCAUAUACGACGUCAAAGAAACUAUUGACUGCACUCUCAUGGCAGUUGAGCAGGCGAUGGCUUUAGGUGUGUUUAGAGAUCCUUCGGAAUAUGAUGCACGGUGCCGAGGUACUGAGGCGAUCGAACAGACACCACCACCAUCACCACCAGUUGUAGUAGCCACUGACCCUCCACCACCUGCCCCAGAAACCCGCUACAUGGCCAUCCCUCUUACGAAGACGGAACAUAGACAAGUCGACUCCUCAAACGUAGACCAAGUUCUAAGCGAUGUCCUAAUAAAAGAAGACACUAACGCUCAACUUGAAACUGUUAAAUUGGCUCUUAUUAACGAAACCGAACGAUUAACUGAAAUAAGUGAACUGCUAAGGAAACAACUUGAUGAACUCUCGGCAGAAGUGAAAGAAAAGUUUAAAGCGAUUGAACUGCAGACGUCAGAACCGUCUGUUGAGAGCAUUUGGAACGACAUUAAAUUGUUGCACGAAAUAGAACAUAGACAUAAGAAUACAGACGAUGCUAAGAAAAUCAGCCGUGUUCUUGACCAGAUCUUAAGUAUACUCGAUGCGAAUGAGGAAGAUCGCUCGGCCGCAGACGAUAACAAAAUACAUGCAAUUAUGCGCAAACUUAGCAAGCAAACGAAAGGACACAGUGACAACUGGACGGACCUCAAAAAUUAUCCUAAAGAUUUUUGCGAAUACGCCAAAAGAGUAUUUGAUGAAAAUAGAUCGACUUCACCACCUGAUGACACAACUAAGAAACCUGAACCUGAAGAAGUUACUGAGAGUGAUGCUGGGAAAAUAGGCGAAAAGGAUGACCAAACUAAAAAAACAGAUGAAACAGACAAAAAGCAUGAUCAAACUAAAAAGAUACAUAAAGUUGUCAAAAAAGAUGACCAAACUGAAAAACCACAAGAAGUUACCACAGUUAAAUCUAAAAGUAAAAGGAGAAAACUAAAAAGAACCACAACUACUACUACUACUGAAAGACCAUUAACCGUUGAGGAGUUGGCAGCUCAAUACGGUUCGCUAUUUGAUGUGAUGCCAGAUAUCGAUAGUAUAGAGCACCAGAAAGCGCUUGAAAAUACGAAGAGAAUAAUACAAGAUUACGCUCUGAAUGACGCAGUCAUGAACAGUUUAGCCCAAAUCGAUUCGAGCAAAGAUGCUCGUGAUCUUUUUGAUGACCCUGACGUGCUAAAGGAUUUUAAGGAAUAAAAGAGAAAUGAUAUAAUGUAGUUAUUGUUAUCAAAUUGAACU